CUCGCCGUCAGUCCCAAUUCGUGACCAGCCAGCCAAUGCCGCGAUAUUCUCAAGCUGGACAUGGUCGACACCAGACAGAAGGAUCGUGGCCUAACCCGGUUGAGGCGACUGAGCCUUACAGUCACUACUCGCUACGCUCGGUCCGCAGUCACGAAAGCCCUCUCGACGCGCAAAGGCCGAGAUCUGCGCAACCACCACAUGACAUUCGGACAAGCAAGCUGCGAUCGCCUACCUUGACGGCUGUUGGCACACGCCACGAAGACGUCCGCAUGACCCAGUCGUGGCGGCUACACACCCCUCUGCAAGAAGAAAUCCACCGAGCGGUGAUUGAGCAGCGUGCUAAGGAGCGACUCGAAGACGAGAUAGAUGCACUGCUUCGUGCACGCGAGGAUGCCUACCACCCACGUAGAGCUGCUAAUAAGAGCAUCGGUCGUCUCAGCCUUGGGCACCUUCGUGGCACCUCGACAAGCUCGUUUGGCACCAGCAUAGCUGAACCUAGUCACACUGAGCUGGUUGAGAUGGCAGACGAGACCAAGCUGGCUGCAGAGCUGCUAAUCGGCAACCUCCACCAAAUCGAGCCUCUGAUGCAAGAGCUAGCUGAAAGCGCACGGCUCAGCCAAAGCGAAAGUGAUACCUCGAUGGCUCACCACGACGAGUUGGAAGACUAUGACUUGACGCCGCAUGCGGACCGCAAUCUGUACACGGUCUACUAGCGUCGCGGAUUUGGGCUAUGCUCAUGAUUUUUCAGUAGUUCGCUCCAUGCUCCGGGCUGCGACGGGACUUGUUUAGACAGGUGUCUCCAUAGCCCGGUGUUUUCUGGAAUAAUUCCAUCAUGCUCCCCUUUCUCUCCUUUUCUUUUGUCGCUGUUUCUCCCUAUGUGAUCGUCGAUAUAGUCGAGUAAUACAAACCUUGCAGAGC